ACUUGUCAUUUUCCUGCAGCCGUGGGUCUGGUUUACGCUGCUCGUCCGGCCCUCCUUACGGUAAGGCUCUAGUGGAAUCUAAUUGUCUCUGCAUUUUGACUGAAGCCCAAAUACCUUCAGUCUGAAGGCAGGGCUCAGGGAAGGAAGAACGGAAGGGCCUGGACCGGCCGCACGAGGAAAAAUUGCUUUUCACUUAUGGCUGCAUAGAACAGGUUUAACACAUUUUUGUUGGGAUUGUGGAAGGGACUGACUUUUGCGUGAAGUAUCCCGUUUUUGUCACUGUCGUGGGCGCCGAUCAUGGAGAUGCAACUGUGGUCCACGAGGUGGAAAACGAAAAGGUGGCUUUUGGAUUCCGGUUUAACCACAAUUAUCACCUUUACUCUCCUUCUGCAGGCUGCCAAUGUCAGAGCAGCAGAGCCAGUGGACGUGCUUAAAGUAUUAGAAUUUCACCAGGCUCCGGAAGGGGUCAAGAAAACGACGGGGUUUUGCGUAAAUAGGAAAGCAUCGCAGCCAGACACAGCCUUCAGAGUGGGGAAGCAUGCACAGAUCAGUGCCCCGACCAAGCAGCUCUUCCCAGCUGGAGUGUUCCCUGAGGAUUUCUCCAUCCUCAUGACCAUCAAGCCCAAGCCUGGGAUUCAGUCCUUCCUGCUGUCCAUCUAUAAUGAGCAAGGCAUUCAGCAGCUGGGAGUGGAGGUGGGAAGAUCUCCUGUCUUCCUGUAUGAAGACCAGCAUGGAAAACCUGCCCCUGAGGACUACCCCUUGUUUCGAACCAUCAACCUUGCUGAUGGAAAGUGGCACCGGGUAGCUAUCAGUGUCCAUAAGAAAACUGUCACCAUGAUUGUGGACUGUAAAAAGAAAGUCUCCAAACCACUGGGCAGAGGUGACCGCGCCGCCAUCAACACCAACGGGAUCACCGUGUUCGGGACCAGGAUUCUCGAUGACGAGGUCUUUGAGGGCGACAUCCAGCAGCUGCUCAUUGUGGCUGAUCCAAGAGCUGCCUAUGACUACUGUGAGCACUACAGCCCCGACUGCGAGACUCCCCACCGUGACACACCCCAAGCCCAGGAGCCCGAGGACGAGUACACCACUGAUUUAGAGUACAGUGAAUUCUAUGAGUACAGUGAAGGAGAUCAAACUGAACCUGCAGUCCCCCCAACUGAAGAGGCCUAUUCCGAAACAGAGCUUAAUGUUGAUGGGGAAUAUUAUACUGACAGUGAAACUGACUACGGAACUGUAGAGGGUUAUCAGACACAGGCUCCAGUUAAACCAAAACAGCCGGUUGAAGAGGAAAUUAUUGAUGACUAUAUUACUGGAGUGGAUCAAGUCGGUGUGGAUCCUAGCCCAGCUACAUCCGUGGUGGAGACAGUGGAGACCAAAGAGAAGGUGGACCUGGAUUCCGAUUUGUAUGACUUUAAGGAGUACGAUAUUAAGGAAUACAAUACGGGCUAUCCUGACAAAAAGCCGUAUGAGUAUUACGAUGAGUACGACAUUCUUGAGCUUAAGCCCACCACCAGCUCCUACAAGGAUGAGUUUGGGCCUGGCGAGCCUGCGGAGACUGACAUCACAGAAAGCAGCGUUGGGAGCGAUCUUGGCUUCUUUGGAGAAAAAGGCGAGAAGGGUGAACCAGCCGUAAUUGAGCCCGGUAUGCUUGUUGAAGGCCCCCCUGGACCACCAGGCCCCGCCGGUCUUCCAGGUUCCUCUGGUCUACCCGGUACCCCAGGUCCCCCUGGAGAUGCCGGUGAAAGAGGCCCUGCUGGACGGUCAGGUCUUCCAGGAGCAGAUGGUAUUCCUGGACCUCCAGGUACCAUACUGAUGCUGCCGUUCCGUGCUGGCGGCGACGGGCAGAAAGGCCCUGUGGUGUCUGCUCAGGAGGCCCAGGCUCAGGCGAUCCUCUCUCAGGCUCGGCUCGCCAUGAGGGGUCCCCCAGGACCGAUGGGACUGACAGGAAGGUCCGGACCUGUGGGUGGUCCCGGUGCCACGGGACUCAAAGGAGACGGCGGAGAUCCCGGACCCCAGGGCCCAAGGGGAAUCCAAGGACCUUCUGGGCUGCCAGGAAAACCUGGAAAGAGGGGACGGUCUGGAGCUGAUGGAGGUAGAGGAAUGCCAGGAGAGUCCGGAGGCAAGGGUGACAGGGGUUUUGAUGGACUUCCCGGCCUUCCUGGUGACAAGGGCCAUCGCGGUGAAAUUGGACCAAUCGGCCCACCUGGAUCUCCCGGAGACGAUGGCCCAAGAGGAGAAGAUGGAGAGAUUGGGCCAAGGGGUCUUGCUGGAGAGAGCGGACCAAGAGGAUUGCUUGGUCCAAGAGGGUCUACUGGUCCACCUGGACAGCCUGGUGUUGCUGGUAUUGAUGGUCCUCCUGGUCCAAAAGGAAACAUGGGACCUCAAGGAGAAUCAGGACCACCUGGCCAGCAAGGCAACCCCGGAGGUCAAGGUCUCGUUGGUCCACAAGGCCCCAUAGGACCACCUGGAGAAAAAGGACCUCAGGGCAGAGGUGGGCUCCCUGGCUUGCCUGGUGCGGACGGGCCUCCUGGUCACCCAGGGAAGGAAGGGCCGGCUGGAGAGAAAGGUGCUCUUGGUCAGGCUGGUCCGCAAGGCCCCAUCGGGUACCCGGGCCCACGUGGAGUAAAGGGUGCCGAUGGAGUUCGUGGUCUUAAGGGGGGGAAAGGAGAAAAGGGAGAAGAUGGUUUCCCUGGAUUCAAGGGUGACAUGGGUCUCAAGGGUGACCGGGGUGAGAUUGGUCUGUUGGGAUCACGAGGAGAAGAUGGGCCAGAGGGACCAAAAGGUCGGUCUGGCCCUGGCGGAGAGGCUGGACCCCUGGGUCUGGCCGGAGAAAAGGGUAAACUCGGAGUUCCUGGUUUACCUGGGUACCCAGGAAGACAAGGACCAAAGGGUUCCACUGGCUUCCCCGGAUUUUCAGGAGCCAACGGGGAGAAAGGAGGGAGGGGUGUGGCAGGCAAAGCUGGUCCAAGAGGACAAAGAGGUCCAACGGGUCCACGUGGUGGUAGAGGUGCAAGAGGUCCCACUGGAAAACCAGGCCCCAAGGGCACUUCUGGUAAUGAUGGACCAGCAGGCGGCCCAGGAGAAAGAGGACCUCAAGGACCCCAGGGCCCUGUCGGCUUCCCAGGACCAAAGGGACCCCCUGGACCAGCCGGAAAAGACGGGCUGCCUGGUCACCCAGGACAACGAGGAGAGACUGGUUUCCAAGGCAAAACUGGACCACCAGGCCCUGGAGGAGUGGUGGGACCACAGGGUCCUACUGGAGAGACGGGUCCCAUUGGGGAGAGAGGUCACCCAGGCCCCUCUGGUCCACCUGGUGAGCAGGGUCUACCUGGUGCUGCUGGGAAGGAGGGAGCAAAGGGUGAUCCAGGUCCUCAGGGACCAACUGGGAAAGAUGGCCCAUCAGGUCUAAGAGGAUUCCCUGGAGAGAGAGGACUUCCUGGAGCCAUGGGUCCAGCUGGCUUGAAGGGAGGAGAGGGUCCACAAGGUCCACCUGGGCCCAUUGGAUCUCCUGGAGAGCGAGGAGCCGCCGGGCCUGGAGGACCAAUCGGUCUCUCUGGUCGCACAGGCCCUCAGGGACCCCCGGGCCCAGCAGGAGAGAAGGGCGGCCCGGGUGAGAAAGGUCCUACAGGGCCAGCUGGCCGUGAUGGUAUCCAGGGCCCCGUUGGUCUACCUGGCCCAGCUGGACCUCAAGGACCACCCGGAGAGGAUGGUGACAAGGGAGAAGUUGGUGAGCCGGGUCAGAAGGGAAGCAAAGGCGACAAGGGCGAACAUGGUCCUCCGGGUGCAGCUGGUCUUCAGGGUGUGAUUGGUGCCCCUGGUCCUGCGGGAGCUGAUGGAGAGGCGGGACCCCGUGGUCAGCAGGGCAUGUUUGGACAGAAAGGAGAUGAAGGAUCACGAGGGUUCCCCGGUCCCCCAGGCCCCAUCGGAUUGCAGGGUCUUCCUGGACCACCAGGCGAAAAGGGAGAGAAUGGUGACGUGGGACCGAUGGGUCCACCUGGUCCCCCUGGCCCAAGAGGUCCUCAGGGGCCAAGCGGAGCUGAUGGUGCACAAGGUCCCACGGGUGGUGUGGGCUCAGUGGGAGCAGUGGGAGAGAAGGGUGAACACGGUGAAGCUGGUAAUCCUGGACCACCUGGGGAGGCCGGCAUUGCAGGACCCAGAGGUGAGCGAGGAGAUAAGGGAGAGGCAGGUCCACCUGGAGCUGCUGGUCCCGCUGGAGCCAAAGGGCCCCCUGGAGACGACGGCCCCAAAGGCAACCCUGGUCCCGUUGGAUUCCCUGGAGAUCCUGGUCCUCCUGGAGAGCCUGGUGUUGCUGGAGUUGAUGGGGCUGCAGGUGAUAAGGGAGACGAUGGAGAAUCCGGUCAACCAGGUCCCCCUGGUCCCUCUGGUGAAGCUGGCCCACCAGGUCCUCCUGGAAAGAGAGGACCCUUAGGCCCAUUUGGUGCUGAAGGCAGGCAAGGAGAAAAAGGUGCAAAGGGUGAAGCUGGAGCAGAGGGUCCGGCAGGUAAAACUGGGCCCGUCGGUCCCCAGGGCCCUCCUGGAAAGACCGGUCCAGAGGGUCUACGUGGAAUCCCUGGUCCUGUUGGUGAACAAGGACUCCCUGGUGCUUCUGGCGUAGAUGGCCCCCCUGGACCUAUGGGCCCCCCUGGUCUUCCUGGCUUGAAGGGCGAUACUGGCUCCAAGGGCGAGAAGGGUCACCCAGGUCUGAUCGGUCUGAUCGGCCCCCCUGGUGAACAGGGUGAGAAGGGAGACAGAGGUUUGCCUGGCCCACAAGGUAUUGCAGGAGGCAAGGGUGAUAUUGGCCUUAGUGGUGCAGGAGGCCCUCUCGGUCCACCUGGUCCUCCUGGCCUGCCUGGUCCUCUAGGUCCAAAGGGUUCCAAGGGUUCCUCCGGUCCAGCUGGACAGAAAGGAGACACUGGAUUGAUCGGGCCACCCGGUCUACCUGGUCCACCCGGCGACAUCAUCCAACCGCUGCCAAUCCAGUCGCGGGGGAAGACGCGGCGGUCGGCCGACAACCAGGCUGACACCCAGGCCGACGAAGCCAUGGCGGACUAUGGGGAAGGCAUGGAGGACAUCUUCGGGUCACUCAACAACCUCAAGCAAGACAUUGAGCGUAUGAAGUUCCCCAUGGGUACACAGGACAACCCGGGCAGGACCUGCAAAGACCUCAGUCUCGGCCAUCCGGAGUUCCCCGACGGCGAAUACUGGAUCGAUCCAAACCAAGGCUGUAUGAGUGACUCCUUCAAAGUAUUCUGUAACUUCACGUCUGGAGGAGAGACAUGCAUCUACCCAGAUAAGAAGUCCACUGGAGUCAGAUUAUCUUCCUGGCCAAAAGAGGCUCCCGGAUCAUGGUUCAGUGAAUUUAAACGUGGCAAAAUCCUCUCCUACGUUGACCUCGAUGACAACGCCAUAAACAUGGUCCAGAUGACGUUCCUGAAGCUGCUGAGCGCUUCGGCCCGGCAGAACUUCACCUACAUCUGCCACAACUCUGCCGCCUGGCACGACGCCAAGGCCGACAGCUACGACCGAGCGCUGCGGUUCCUGGGCUCCAACGACGAGGAGAUGUCCUACGACAACAACCCCUACAUCUACGCUGUCUCAGACAGCUGCGCGUCGAGACAGGGCUACGGAAAGACUGUGAUGGAAAUCGACACUCCGAAAAUCGACCAGGUGCCAAUCAUUGACGUGAUGUUUAAUGACUUUGGAGAUUCAAACCAGAGAUUUGGGUUUGAGGUCGGACCUGUCUGUUUCCUCGGGUAAACUUGAUGGGAUGUCAGAACGCCAAGCAAGCCAAGACGUAGUACCACCAAUUCCUCCACUUGCCACAUGCAAGUUUUGAAUAGGGACAGUGCGGAGAGUAUGCCUUGCCGUGUAUGUACGUACUAUCUAUAAAUUACUUGUUGCCCUUGUAGGGCCAGAAUCACAUGACUUAAACCUGUUAUGGAAGCUCGUAAAGGACAUUUGAUGGUGUGGCAGAGAGUGGGGCGCAAGUAACAUCACAGGGAGAUCCACAGAGCAGUGGAGAAUCUCCAGGUGCUUUACAAGAAACAACUACGAUGGCGCUUGUUCCGAAGACAAACUCUGAGGUGCUAAAAAGGUGUUAUUUUGUUAAACUGUAAUUAUUUUUUGUACAAUACUGUGAUAUCUGAAUCCACUUUCAAAACUUGCAUGUGUAUCAGAAUUGCAUCUGUCUAAUUCUGUAUAUGUAUGUGUGUGUGUUUUUGUGUGUUUGUGUGUGUAUGGGUGUGUGUGUCUGUGGGUGUGUAUGAAUUCAUGCACACCCACAGACACACACACAUGCAUACAAAGUCAAUAAUAAUUAUAUGUUGUUAAUGAAUACUGUUUUCCUGUAUUAAGCAAAUAAAACAAGCUUUUUCAGUCAAACAAUUCCCAAUUUCUAAUUAUAAUAAAUCCCCUUGUAUAUAUUGACAACCAAAAUUGUUUAGGAUUAGCAAUUGGCUUCAGGACUCCAGAUGGCACAACUGGAAGAUGUUCAUUGGUGCACUCAAAUCUGAUUGGUUCAUAAUCACGUGUUCUUGUUUUAAGCAAUCACGGCAUUCAAUCUUGCGACAUUUCAUUUUCAGUUCCAGCUGUGCUACAUUCUCAUUAGGUAGUGAUUAUUUUGUUUUGUAUAAAAAAUAAAAUUCUGUGAGAAUGUUUAGUGUCAGCUGGAUUUUUUUCAGGUGCUAUACCUUAAUCUAUCACAAUAAUUGUUAAAAUGCAAGGAUUUUAUGCCCUGUAUAUACCGUGAUAACUAAAUUUAUAUAUUUGGGGUGGGGAAUUUUUUAAAGAAAAAUACUUAUUUGUUAGCCAUUUUGUGAAUGCAAUGAAUAGCCCUUUAGAUAACCAUUUUUUGUAACUAAACUGAGAAAAUGUUUUAAUGUGCUUUCUAUGGUUCAUUUAAAAUAUUAAAACUGGAUUCAAAACAACAACAACAAAUCAAAUGUGUGCAUUGUUUACUUUAAUUGUCAACACCUGCAUAUUCAUCUACCUUUUCUGCCAAGUGCUUUUGUCUUGCGCUUCUGAAUGAGAUUAUUAUUUACAUAAUAUGUCUAGGUCAUGUGAUUCUACCUUGCAAAGCAACACUUUGUAGGACUGCUACCUUCAGAGAUUUUCAUCUGUUGCCAAGAUCUGUCUGGUUCAAGAUAUGUUUGCAUUAAUGAAAUACAUUUUGGUUCCAUCAUUCUGUGUCUCAUCUGCAGCAGUUAUCAAAGUUGUUGAAUCAUUUUUAACUUCCAGGAACUGUGUGUAAUUUCCAUAAUAUAUGUAUGAUUUGAAA